AUGACUCAAGCAUCUGGUAGCAAGCGCAAGAUCUCGCCUCUAGCAAAGCCAACUCCAGCUCAUCGCACAGCCGACCGACUACUAUGCCUCGGUAUUGAAGGCUCAGCCAACAAGCUCGGCUGCGGUGUGAUAGCCCACGAGCCAUCUGCUUCUGGGUCCGGCAAGGCCACCAAGGUUGUCGUUCUCUCGAAUGUUCGCCAUACGUACAUCACCCCGCCAGGCGAGGGGUUCUUACCCAGUGAUACUGCCAGACAUCAUCGGGAAUGGGUUGUCAAGGUGCUUAAGGAGGCGGUCACGAAGGCUGGCGUAAGAAUGGAAGAUCUUCAUUGUAUUGCCUUCACGAAGGGACCGGGGAUGGGUACGCCACUGCAGGUUGGCGCUCUUGUUGCGCGGACGCUCUCGCUACUGCACAAUAUACCGCUGGUGGGCGUGAACCACUGCGUUGGCCCGGACAUCGAGAUGGGUCGACAGAUCACCUCCUCACAUAACCCUAUCGUCCUCUACGUCUCGGGCGGAAACACCCAAGUCAUCGCCUACUCGCAACAAAGGUAUCGCAUCUUUGGCGAGACAUUAGAUAUCGCAAUAGGGAACUGCCUGGACAGGUUUGCCAGAGUGAUUGGGCUCAGAAAUGAUCCAAGUCCGGGGUACAACAUCGAGCAGGAGGCGCGAAAGGGGAAGAGGCUGCUGCCGCUCCCGUAUGGCACGAAGGGCAUGGACGUCUCCCUCGCUGGACUACUCUCAGCCGUUGAGGCGUAUACGCAAGAUAAGCGGUAUCGGUCCUGGGCGCAGCUUCCCGACGCGGGAAAGACGGAAACGGACAUCAUCACCCCUCAAGACCUCUGCUUUUCGCUUCAAGAAACGACGUUUGCCAUGCUCGUUGAGAUCACCGAGCGGGCGAUGGCGCACGUUGGCGCGAAAGACGUGCUCAUAGUCGGAGGCGUGGGGUGUAAUUUGAGACUGCAGGAGAUGAUGGGGAUUAUGGCGUCAGAGCGGAAUGGAAGGGUAUUCGCCACGGAUGAAAGCUUCUGCAUCGACAAUGGUAUCAUGAUCGCUCAAGCCGGUCUUCUGGCUUUCCGGAUGGGCCAAACGACGCCAAUAGAGAAGACCUCGGUCACGCAGCGGUUUCGGACGGAUGCUGUCCACGUAUCAUGGCGGGCUUGA